AUGGCUCAGUCAAACAACGAAGCGUUUAAGCUCGGCCAAGUCUUCAAUGUGACGGGCAAGGUUGCUCUCAUCACAGGCGGUGGCAGUGGCAUCGGGCUUAUGGCUACACAAGCCUUAGCCGUGAACGGUGCAAGAGUCUAUAUCGUGGGCCGUACCGAGGAGAAGCUCGAGCGUGUUGUGCAAACACACGGUCAGAAUAUUCCCGGCGAAAUAAUCCCUAUCACUGCGGAUAUCCGUCAGAAGAGCGAGAUAGCCCGCCUCGUCAAGGAGAUCGAGUCUCGUGAGAAGUGCCUGUGCAUCCUCAUCAACAAUGCCGGAAUUAGUAGUACUACGCAAAAAGUCGAGAGCAAGACUGCGGAGGAGAUGAAGAAGAAUCUGUUUGACAACGAGGCUUCUACGUUUGAUGAUUGGGUCGAAACCUAUCGAACCAACGUUGCUCAAAUCUUCUUCAUGACUGCUGCUUUCUUGCCGCUGCUCCAGAAGGCAACCGAAACCCAAUAUGGGUAUUCGGGUACCGUCAUAAAUAUAUCGUCCAUCUCAGGCCUCGUCAAAUCGUCACAACACCACUUCAGCUACAACGCCAGCAAAGCAGCCGUCCUCCAGCUCAACAAGCUCCUAGCUGCGGAGAUUGCAAACAAUGGGUUAAAGAUCCGGGUCAAUACUAUUGCCCCUGGGCCUUUCCCUAGCGAGAUGACCGCAGGUGAAAGCGGAGAGAACCAGAAGAGCCAUCUCGAUAAGGAGAAAUAUGAGAAGGUGCCGGCGCGGAGGCCGGGCAAUGACAGGGAUAUGGCCGGUGCGGUUCUAUUUACUGCAACCAAUCAGUACCUGAAUGGGCAGACGGUGGCCGUCGAUGGUGGAUAUAUGCUUAGUGCUGGGACAUAG